GUUGUAAACAUUCAACAAUAACACAGACCUACCAUCAUGGCAAAAAACAGUAUUGUGAUAGACGAUAGCGAGGAUGAUUAUUCAGAGAUGGAUACAUCUUCAGUUGCUCCUCAGAUUGAUGAUUUAGAAGAAGAAGAAGAAGAGGAAGGUGAAGAAUUGAACAACCUUAAAGCGGGUGGGGAUGACGAAUCAGAUUUAUCGGAUCUCAGUGAUGACAACGGCGCAGAGGUACAAGAGGAGAUAGAUGAUGAAUUGGAUGAUGUUUUAGGCGAUGAAGAGGUUGAUGAAACUGUCAUUGAAGACGAUGACGAGCAAAGAGAAGACGAAGACGACGAGGAAGAAGAGGAGGAGGGAAGAGGAGGAGGAG